AUGUUGAACUGAGGACGCAGGGCCCAGAUUUAAAGGGUUAACACACCCACGGGUGUUCGUGUGCAUGACCUACAUUCGAAAACAGGCGCUUUAGCGCCAUCUAAUGGGGGAACCGUGUAUUACAGGGAGCCGAUGUCGCUCAGCUGGUGCAGCCGGAGCUAACAUAUUUCAAAACGCCAGCAACUGCAACAUACACUGACACAUGCAUGUCGCCGGCUGACACGCUUUCUAUCAGGAGCAUCCACAUGACGUCACCAGGAGGCGUCUUUAUUUACUUCUGGUCCAGUUAGCCGCUGCCGGUGCCGCUGCUGUCCCGCUGCAAUGGAAGUAAACAGGGACGAGGCGGAGCGCUGCAUCGACAUCGCGACUGCGGCCCUGGCCAACGAGCAGCCGGAGAAGGCGCAGCGGUUCCUGGAAAAGGCGCAGCGGCUGUUCCCGACGGAGAAAGCGCGGGUCCUGCUGGACCUGAUGGCAAAGAAUGGGUUUGCACCUGGACAAGGGGGGCACUCUGGCUUCGGUGGCACCGCUGGGCCCCGGCAGCGGCCGAGCACCAGUGAAGACAAGCCUUCAGACACAUUCAAACCGUACACCACAGAGCAGCUAGACGCCGUGAGGAGGAUAAAGCAGUGCAUAGACUUCUACGACAUCCUCGGGGUCCAGAAAGACGCGUCUGAGGACGAGUUAAAGCGGUCGUACAGAAAACUUGCUUUGAAAUUCCAUCCAGACAAGAAUCAUGCUCCAGGUGCGACGGAGGCAUUUAAAGCCAUCGGCAACGCGUACGCCGUCCUGAGUAACGCCACCAAGCGCAGGCAGUACGAUCAGUGCGGGGAAGCGAGGAGCCACCCGUCACAGCGCGGCCCAGACAACGGGACCUUUGAGCCGGACAUCUCACCCGAGGAGCUCUUCAACAUGUUCUUUGGAGGAAGUUACCAGACAAGUAAUGCUAACGCCUACGCUAACGGGAGGAUGCAUCACCAAAGACGGGAGAGGAGAGAGCGACAGCGGGAUGGAGGUCUCGCUCUCUUCGUUCAGGUCAUGCCCAUCCUCAUCCUGGUUAUUGUGUCUGCGCUCAGCCAGAUAAUGGUCAACAGCCCCCCCUACAGCCUCAGCUUCAGGCCGUCAGCAGGUUAUACGCAGAAGCGGCUGACGGAGAACCUGAAAGUGCCAUAUUAUGUAGGGGAGCAGUUUUCCAAAGAGUUCACGGGCGGCAAUUUGAGGAAUGUGGAGCAAACGGUGGAGGAUGAUUAUAUUUCUAAUCUUCGCAACAACUGCUGGAAGGAGAAGCAACAAAAGGAAGGCAUGCUUUACAGAGCUCGCUAUUUUGGAGACACGGAUCUGUACCAAAGAGCGCAGAGGGCCCGCACGCCAAGCUGCGCCAAGCUGUCCGAGAUCACGGCUUCCCUACACGGUUGAAGCUGCUUUCAAAAAUCAACACCAGAGCUUAUUGGCUGUAAAUAGAUACGCUUCGACAAGUGGAGACUGAAGAUGAGCAAGAACCAACCGGCAUCAGUCUGCAUCCAAGUGACCACAUAGACUGGUUGAAAAUGUGAAUUUUAAUAUGUAGAUCCUAAAUAUAAACAAAAGCCACUUAACAAAAAUGGACCCUAUAAUGAAAUAUGGGCUUGAAACCCCAUCAAGUUGGCAGCAGUGUGAAAUAGCAAUGUAGUAGCCAUUCAAAUACUAUUUACUGUAUGUAGCAAUUUAUUAGAUACCACAGCGAAUGCUUCCUCUUUAGUUUUGUGCAGUCAGAUCAGUAACGGAGAAUGAGACGGGGGGGUGGGGGGGGCGUUUGGAGAUUUAGGGUCAAUGCACAUUCUGAAAACUAUGCAGGAAAAAUGUGAAACCUUUGAUGAUGAAACAUUCUCCUGUAUUAGGUUGGCUAUUCACCUGAACACCCAACAUUUAUCUUGUGCUUCUGUGUGUGAGAGCAGUAAGUAAAUGCCCCUUUGCACUUUGCUUCCUUUAAUUCUAUUACAAAUAGGCAGUAAAUUAUAUUAAAAUAACAACUCACACUAAACUCCAAGAGACAGAGAGAGACGUGCCUACCCACAAAGUGGGACUUCAUAGUUUUUAGUUUAUGGAGUGUAUUAUCUCUAAUGGGCAUCAUUUGUGUAAGAAGCCAUUACUGUCACUCAUUGUGUUUGUCAUAAUUCUUCGUGUUAUUUAUUUUUAAGAAAUGAAUGAUCAGCAAAGAUUCUCCUCACUGUUUCACCAGGUUUUUACUCCCAGAUGAAAAUAAAUAUCAAUUCCUAAA